AUAUCUCACCAUCACCAACAACAGCAGCAGCAGCAACAACAACAACAACAGCAGCAGGAUGACUUAUCAAUCGAAUACCCACCAGAAAACAUGGGCAAAGGAUCCUUGUUGGCAGAGAUUGAUGAAACAGCCUUGUUUUGUGUGGUCGAGUUCAAACGAGGACGAUCGGACAUGUACUUUUCGCAACCGGAUCAGCCCACACCGUCGCGCAACGAUCUGGUCAUUGUGGAAGCGGAUCGGGGUCAUGAUUUGGGCAAGGUGACGUUGGACAGAAUAAGUCGGUCGCAACUGGUAUCCAUGAUCAAGCAACAACAAGAAAAGCAACAACAACAACAGCAGCAACAGCAGCAGUUGAAUGGAAAUGGAACAACAGAAGAAACCACUACAGCAGCAAAGAAGAAAGAGGUCUCGAUAAAACAAGUCAUUCGGUUGGCCAAGCCGGCAGAAAUCACGCUACUCAUGGGUAAAAGUCAAGAUGAAGCCAAAGCUCUUUUGGUGUGUCAAAGUAAAGUGAAGCAGAAGCAGAUGCCGAUGCAAGUGGUGGAUGCAGAAUACCAAUGGGACAAGCGCAAACUGACGUUUUACUUUAUUGCGGACCGUCGUGUGGAUUUCCGAGAACUAGUGCGCGAUCUCUUCAAACUGUACAAGACAAGAAUUUGGAUGUGUGCUGUUGGUUCCAACCAAUCUUAACAGCCCCAUUCAGUCCUACCUUCCUGAACCUCUUUCCAUUUGCACGCACACACACAAGCCCAGCUCGAUCCGUAUAUACAGAAAUGACAUACAAGAAAUAACCCUGCAUGUUACAUAUAGCAAAAACAGACACUUAUAGAAGAUCUUUUUUUUUUCUCUCUCUUUAUCCUUUUCUUCCUUUUACCCUUUUACCCUUUGUCCCAAUCCUCUCUCUCUCUCUCCCCUUCUAUCCCGUGAUAUAUCUCUCACUUAUGCAAUGCAACAAAAAAAAAAGAAGUACAAUCUUUUGUUUGGUAGAUCUAAUUCAUGUAAAUAACGUUUAAAUUUACC